AUACAACUCAACUUUGAUAUAGCCAUUCCAAUUUUAAAGUCAUGGGUAUCAAAUAUGGUUUACUUUUCUCAGUAUUAGUGCUACUUCUUCUAGCACUAAAACUAGAAGCAGGAGGAAUUGUAAUUUAUUGGGGGCAAAAUGGGAAUGAAGGUAGCUUAGCAAGUACAUGUGCAUCAAAUAACUAUGCAAUUGUGAAUAUUGCAUUUCUUGUAGUUUUUGGGAAUGGACAAACACCAGUGUUGAACUUAGCUGGUCAUUGUAAUCCUAGUGUUGGUGGAUGCACUAGGUUAAGCAAUGACAUUAGAGCAUGUCAAAGUAGAGGUAUCAAAGUUAUGCUUUCACUUGGUGGUGGUGUUGGAAGUUACUCCCUUUCUUCUGCUAAUGAUGCCAGGAAUGUAGCAAACUAUUUAUGGAACAAUUAUCUUGGAGGUCAAUCAACUUCACGUCCACUAGGUGAUGCAAUUUUAGAUGGAAUUGAUUUUGAUAUAGAAAGAGGAACAACACAACACUGGGAUGAACUAGCAAGAGCCCUCUCAGGAUUUAGCCAACAAAGGAAAGUAUACUUAACUGCAGCUCCACAAUGUCCAUUCCCUGAUUCAUGGUUAAAUGGUGCACUCUCUACUGGCCUAUUCGACUACGUUUGGGUUCAAUUCUACAACAAUCCCCCCUGUCAAUACUCUGGUGGUAGCGCGGAAAAUCUUAAGAGUUAUUGGAAUAAAUGGACCGCGAUUCAAGCUGGAAAGAUUUUUCUAGGAUUGCCUGCGGCUCCAGGAGCUGCUGGGAGUGGUUUUAUACCAUCUGAUGUGCUUGUUUCUCAGGUUUUACCAGCAAUUAGUGGUUCACCUAAGUAUGGUGGUGUCAUGCUUUGGUCUAAAUUUUAUGAUAAUGGUUAUAGCUCUGCUAUAAAGCCUAGUGUCUAAGAUGUAUGUCCAUAUAGUUGGUUAUGUUGUACUAUUAAUUAAUGUGAUGAAUAAUGUCAUGAUCUCAUAACUCUAAGUAUAUUGAGUAAUGAGGCUGGCGUUCAAUGUUCUUGUU